UUCAGUAGAUCGGGAAAACACGACUUGAAUCAAACUGUCUAAAGAAGAAGGGCAGGAUACAUCAAGGAAAGAAGAUAUUAAACGCAAACUUUCUAUUUUGCGGGCAUACACGCGCGCACACACACACACGGCUCUUUUCUUCAUUGGAGCAACUGUCCAAGAAAUUCAGAGUUUAGAGACAUGUGGCUGGAAAAUUAAACAGCCCGAGUGUGUAUCAUCACUCCUUUCUCUUGUUUUCCAGAUGGGCAGUUAGUGAACGGUACCGUGAUAUGAAUGGGCAAUUUAUCAUCGGAUUUGGAAGCUACAUCUGAAAGUUUAUAUUUUCUUUUGGGAGCUACCUUGUUGGCAGGUCACUUUUUUCAGUUUGCAAUUGAACCUUUUUUUUAAAAAAAAAAAGAACCAAAGCCACCUGCCUCUUCGAAAAUCAACAGCGAUUACCAUGACCUGCGCUCAGAUGAACUGCUGCCCCUAGCCCGCCUGUGUGCGCCUGGCAGAGGAUAAUACUGAGCUAUGGAGAGGACCGUGAACUCUUCAUGCCGCGGCUGAAGGCGGUGGAGGGAGAGAACAUCUGCCGCUCCCCCUAUUACUGCCGAGACGUCGUAGAGCUCCUUUGCAUCGCCAAAGCCCCGUCUGCUGUUUUAAAGAGCCAUGGAGGACCACCCUCUCCCAGACCUGGGAGACAUCGAGCUGAAGCUGGGACGCAAAGUGCCCGAGAGCCUGGUGCGCUCUCUGCGGGGGGAAGAGCCUCUAACCCGGGACGUGGAAAAGGACAAGGAUCCGGGCAGCAGCUUCCCUCCCUCCUCUUCGUCCUCCUCUGCCCCAGCCACCGGCCCUGCGCGACGCUCCAACUCGAGCGCAUUGGAGAGGUUGGAGACCAAGCUGCACCUCCUCAAGCGGGAGAUGGCAUACCCCAAGUUACAACCACUCUGGGGAAAGAACCAAUAUUGUUUGAUACUUUUCCCCGGGUUACAACCACCCUUCAAUACAUCCUAUAUUGUUUGAUGCUUUGCCCACGUAUACGCCCGACCGGCCCCCACUGUUUUGGCCGAGCGCUACAGGUUAACCUCAGAGCCACUGAUGUGCAGCUCAUGCGUCAACUGCUCAUCAUCAAUGAGAGCAUUGAAUCCAUUAAAUGGGUGAUUGAAGAAAAGGGCACCAUCAUGAGCCGAGGCAGCAGUCUGAGUGGCAGCCUAUGCAGCCUGUUGGAGAGCCAGAGCACCUCAAUUCGAGGGAGCUGCAAUAGCUUGCAAGACUACAGUGAUGGACUGGAUGGCAUCUCCGUGGGAAGCUACCUGGACACUUUGGCAGAUGAUGUUCCCGGUCACCAGACCCCAUCAGAUUUGGACCAGUUCAGUGACUCUUCCCUAAUAGAGGACACACAGACAAAACCGAAGCACCCCAAAGUAGAUUCUGACUACUACUGCUUUGGCUAAUGAAAAAGGCAUUCAUGUGGGACUGGUGUGGAAAUGUGUAUUUAUCUUUCUUUGCUGCUAUGUUUCCAAUAAAGAAAAAGCCACCUUUUCAUUGGAAAUUUUUUUCCAAGAUGCUUUAAGACACUCUCUUAAUCCUAAUAUGUUAUCUGAAUUAUUUCCUCUGCAAUCUUCAUUUUUAAUUUAUUGCAGUGAUUUCCCCUUUGUUUUAUUAUGUUACAAUUGAACUGUAAAAGAUCAAACUCUCAACUUUGUUUAUAACGCAAGGACUCAGGGAUUGCUAGUGAGAAUUUUGCUUAAGCUAGAUAAUAAAUCAAAUGCUGAAAAAUCAUUUGCCAUUCAAAUCAAUGAAUAAUUCCAAUCAUUUUCUUUUAGCUAGCAACUCUUCAAUAAAGCCCUCUAAGAAUGAUUUCUAGUUUUUGGCUUGUACCAAAUUGACCAAACCUUCAGCAAACUGAGAAACUGUUUUUUCCAGGUUAAAUGAUCUCACUGGUAAUUUCCCUUGUUGUACGGUGAAUAUGGUCCUUGCUGUUCUCUCUUUUAUACAUAAAGUCAUUUGGUUUAAAAUUAUGCGAAGGCUUGGAAGUAUGUUUGGAGACACCCUAAGAUGAUAUGCAGUCAGAUACAUUUUUUUUUUCAUUUGAUGCAUUAACGUAAUUUCCUCUGAAGAGUCAAUACCAAUGUAAAUACUGCAGAAGUUAUAAAACAAUAGUCUUUAUUCAAAA